AUGAAUUUUAAAAGAAGUGUGGUCAGGCACAAGAACGAUUCAUUGUCUUCUCCAGCUCCAUUUGUAUUAGAAUUACCUACUCAAUUUGAAAAUUUUACUUCUUUCACUGCCCGCUUCCGGCUUUAUGAACAAAGGCAUACCGCCUACAUAUUUACAUUAUUUACUUGUAUUUAUUUGUAUAAACAAACAUUUGCUAUCCCUGGGUCUUUUUUUAUGAAUAUUAUUGCCGGUGCAAUUUAUGGCCUACCCAUUGGCUUUCUACUCUGUUCCGUUUUGACUACAAUAGGCUCUACUUUGUGCUAUUUAUUCUCAGAAUUAUUUAGUCGAGAAUAUGUUUUGUAUUAUUUUGGAGAAAAAAUUAAUUAUUUACAAAGGAAAGUGGACGAUAAUUCUCAUAGAUUGUUAGCUUUCCUUUUAUUCGCAAGAAUGUUUCCGAUCUCACCAUCCUGGCUCCUCAACAUUGUUGCUCCUUUUUUAAACAUUCCUUUACCGUUGUUUACAUUUUCUGUGCUUGUUGGGCUCGCUCCAUACAACUUUAUUUGUGUUCAGGUACUUUUUCUUUGUUUCCGGAAAAACAUUUAUAAAACAUUGUUUGGAUAA